UUUAUUGUGCGAAGUCUUUUACUGUUACGGAAAGUGAUUAGCUUAAUUAAAAAGAAACUGUUGACCAGCGAACGCAGAUGACAAUCUUCAAUCGCUAAAUCAGAAUCACAAAGAUUUACAUUGUCGACUUAAUUCACUUCUUCGUAUCUACGAAGUGGAAAAAUGUCGGACGACAAGGAAAAGGAUGAAGAAAAACCUGUAGUGCCAAAAACAGCCGUGGAUCUGCAAAGAUUGAAACUAAUGAAAUUAAUGAAGAACGUUGAUAAACCGGUUAUACUACCGGAACGUCCAAAGGCCAAGAAUACACCUUCUGUACCAGAAUUUGUUCGUAAUGUUAUGGGUAGUAGUGCUGGAGCAGGUAGUGGAGAAUUUCACGUGUAUAGACAUCUACGACGUAAGGAGUAUGCGCGACAAAAAUUUAUUCAGGAAAAGGCAUAUAAGGAACUUUUAGAUGACGAAUAUCAUCAGAAGUUGGAAGAGAAUAGAAGAUUGGCAGAGGAGGCAACUGCAAAGAAACGUGCUAAGAGAUUGAGGAAGAAGCAGGGACGUAAGCAGAAGAAAUUUAUGAAAGCUAACAAUAAGGAGGACAAUGCUGUCAUGAAUGAAAAGUAUAGUGAGGAUGACAGUUCAGAUGAAGAAACUAAAACUGUAGAAAAUAGUAAAGUAACUGAAGAAAAUGACAGUUGUCCUAAGAACGUGUCUAUGAAUGAAAGUGAAGUAAUGUCAGCGACAGAAAAGGAAUUAUUACCUGUGGGAGAAAAUCAAGAAAAUACGUUAAAGACACAAUCUGAAGUAUCAAGCGAAAAUAUUCAAUGUGAAGAUGGUACUUGACAUGUAUAUUAAUGAUCUAAUAGCUCUUGUUGAAUUUGAGAUUGAUAUAGUUUUCACUGAAUCACUCAAUGUAGAGUACACUCAAAGUCUAUAGAAAUAUGAUUGACUGCACUCACUUCUGCUUUGAUUCAUAAAGUCCUAAUGAAGAAAUAUUACUCUAAAUUUGAUUUGCAUUAUAGUGGAACCACACUGAAGAUUUCAGUGGAAACUAGAACAUUGAUAGAUUUUUUUAAAGCAAUGUAUCAAUUAUCAUUCAUAAUUAAAGUUAUAUAUCAUGUAUUAUAUAUCAUUAUAAUACAAUUUUAUAUUGUAUGGAUUUUUUGAACAAUAUUAAAAUAACUAAUUUAUACAUA